GGGGAGUGUCAGCGCUGAGGCCCCAUUUAAAGCUUUUCUCCUUCAGUCCCUCCCUUCCUCACUCACUCCGGUCACGCUGUCAUCAGUCGCCGGCUCCCGAGCCCUGACAGAAGCGCCUGUUAAAAUGAAGAUCUGGGCUUCAGAGCACAUUUUCAACCACCCAUGGGAGACGGUGACCAAGGCAGCGAUGCAGAAGUACCCCAACCCUAUGAACCCCAGUGUGUUUGGUGUGGAUGUUCUGGACAGAAGUGUGGACACAGAGGGACGGUUACACAGCACCAGACUGCUCAGCACAGAGUGGGGUCUGCCCGCCAUGGCCAAGUCUAUCAUUGGGGUAACAAGAACAUGCACGUAUGUUCAGGAACAUUCGGUAGUCGACCCUAAAGAGAAGACCUUUGAGCUGAAAUCCACAAAUAUCUCCUUCACUAACCUGGUAUCUGUGGACGAGAAGUUGACGUAUAAGCCGCAUCCGCAGGACCCUGAAAAGACGGUGCUGACACAGGAAGCUCUGAUCAGUGUGAAAGGCGUCAGUCUGAGCAGUUACCUCGAGGGUCUCAUGGCCAAGACCAUCUCUGUCAACGCCGGCAAGGGUCGGGAAGCAAUGGAGUGGGUCAUCAGACGACUAAACACAGAAAUCGAGGAGUUGGCGGCGACCGCUCGUGGUACGAUGCGAGUUCCCAUGGCAGCAGCUGUUGCAGACAAAUGAUCCCGGCCUACCCCCGCUGCUCCUUCUGCCAUCAUGAAAUCGAUGGACUUCUCUAACCUUUUUCCCCUCAAAGGGGAACCUCUCAUCUGCCAGCACAGCCUAAUAACCACAGCCCCAUCCUUUUUUGUAUGUCACAAGAACUCGCUGAUCGUCCCUCCUCAGCAGUCUGCGCCGAUGAGUUUGACGCUUGUCUCUGUGGGCAGUGACGGAGAGUGUUGAGCUGAUGAAAGUUAAAAAAAAAACAAAAAAAAAAAACAAACGGUUGAAUUGUACUGCACUUGAAGCUCAUAGGACUUAAGUCUUGUGAUGUUAAAGCUCUUUUUUUUAAAAAUUCACACUGUGCCUCCACAUCAUCUCAUCAAUUUCCUCUUUUCUAACCUUUCUCCCUUUCAUCUUCAAAUUUUCAUCCCUCUCUAAUCCUCUCUUUUACUGUUUCCAAAUCCUCGUAAACAAGUUUAGCACUGACAACAGCUGAAAUGAAGUCACUUCUCACCUUUGCCGGCUGUAGUAAAGUAUAAAAGUAACUUGGAGUACGUUACAACAAGUCUUUGUGAUGUAGAAGCAGGAUUUUUUUCUCUCCACAGUCCUGUGAGGUCAGAAACUGAGCAGUUUGUAUCAUGGAAAUAUUUUUUUUAAAUCCCAGAAUUUCUGUCACGGUGCAAGGAUCCAAACAGAGAGUUGAGACAGACCAAUCCGAGUGCAGGUUAAGUGGCCAGACAGGAAAGCCGGUUUGUGGGUUUAGUGGCAUGGUGCUGGAACACGAAUGGUUCCCAUCCAGGUCUGGUACAACCAACACAGCUUUGUCUUGUCGCCAUCAGGUGGAAGUCUGCCAGUUUUCUGAGCGAGUGUCUGUAAUCCAGAGUAUUUUAGGUCCACAGCUCAGCAGCAGGGGGCGGUGCAAAUAAGGUUCUGCACGGCCGUGAGGGCCAGCUCAGGCUUGUUAUUUGUUCAAAGUCUCAAAGCAUUUAAACAAAGUGGAAGAUGCAGUUUUAGUUUAACUCACCUUUGAUGCAGAUGCUGGUCUGUCUGCUAAAGCUGUCAGUGUGGUGCACUGGUCCUCAGAUGUAGUUUUAUGGUCAUUCUGGUCUCAUGUUGGUCAGAAUGACUUGAUUUCUUAAAGUCUCUCUGGUCUUUCCUGUUUAACUGGUAUUGUGCUGUUUAGUUAAGUGUUACAGCAUAAGAACAUGCAUACUUGAAUGUUUAACUUUUUUCAGCAUUUGUACUUAAAAUACACAAGUCGGGCAACACCUUAGUAUUCACCCCAGUGUUGAGUGUGUUGUGGACGCUCACCAGUGUUGUAGGAGGAGCACUUACAGGGUUACGUUCAGGAUCAUUGAGUGUGCCAACAUGACAUGUAAAGAUUAAAGUAACUAUCAAUUAAUUACCCAAAACACUUAAAAAACUUUAUUUAUGAUAUUGUUUAUGAACUAAGCUACUCUCUAUGCUCUGACCAUUCUUUUCAUACUGUCGAUACAUGGUGAUAUUUAUGGUAUAUUUGUAUUGGUGAACACUGACAAAGGCUUGUUAAAUCGAUUUUAAAAGCUGUUAGCUUGUGGUGUUUUGCAAGUGGCAGUACAGUUUUUAUAUUACAUUUCCUAGCCAGGCUUACUCCAUGGAGGUCCCGCAUGCAACAUUGCUGAUGUUGAUUCAGUUUUACAAAUACCACACUGAGAUGUAGGUGACAUAAUAACCCUGUAACUCUCCAAUUUUAUUAUUUUAUUCUCUCUAGACAUUGUAAUAAGGACAGUUCUACAAAUGAUACAUUGCUUUUUUAAGAGGUUUGUGCUACAGCUACAGUUUUUCUCUAAUCUCAGCAGCAUCACAAGUCUUCCAAGAUGCUCCACAAUCGGCAUCUUGCUCUACUGUCAUGGUCUCAGUUCAGUCUUUUUCACACCUGCUUCCAGUUCAACUGAGCUUCCUUUUAACAGCUUCUUUAUAAUUUAACUUUCCAUCCCAUCAUGCAUCAUCCAGCUCGGGAUCAUUCUGUGUAGAGCCUGGUCUGCUGCACAACUGACCCAUCAGCCAGUCAGUUGUAUCCACACAGCAUCUCGUUUCGUGAAUGAAGUGUGAUGUUUUUUCUAUGGGGAACAUUUUAAGAACAAGUGGCUGUAAAUAGGUUUAUAUUUAUAGUUUGGUUGUGUUACAUUCCAAGAAUGUGAACAUGUAACAGGAUCUGAAUGGUGCACACUGAAAUGUUUCAAAAUAAAGAGAUGUCAUUGUUUCAUGAA